GGGUGGACGUCCCGAUCGGUUUUCUUCCAGUUGAUUUAAGAAGGAAAAAACACUAAGGAGCAAUGUUCAAGGUUUCGUGCGUGGUAUAAAUUCUUAUCGAAUACACCGGGCGAUAGUUAACGGGAGGGACGAAGAAUGACGAUGGACGCGUACGCCGCAUCCAUGGCGAAAAUAGACGAGGAACUUUCCUCCCCCUCGGUCGAAGAAAAGAAAUAUUAUCGAUUGAGCAGAAAAUUAUGGGAAAAUCCGGAAUUGAAAUUCCAAGAGAAAUUCGCUCACGACUUUCUCAGCCAGUUUUUGGAAGACAACGGCUUUCGCGUAACCAGAAAUUACAUAUUACCCACGGGGUUUAAAGCCGAAUACGCAUCUAACAACGGUGCGGAAGUGACGUUGGCAGUUAUAUGCGAAUACGACGCUCUUCCGGGUCUGGGACACGCCUGUGGUCACAAUUUAAUAGCCGAAGCGGGAGUUGCGGCGGGAAUCGGGGUCAAGGACGCUCUACGAGCCGACCCUUCUCUUCCGGGAAAAAUAAUAGUGUUGGGAACUCCGGCCGAAGAAGGAGGAAACGGAAAAGUGGAAAUGAUAAGAAAAGGAGCGUUGGACGGGGUGGACGCGGCCAUGAUGGUUCAUCCUAGCAACUCCGAUUACCUGCUUCCUCCUUUUAUAGGAAACGUCAAAGGGAGUGCCAAGUUUUUCGGUAAGGCCGCUCACGCUUCCGGAUUUCCCUGGGAAGGAGUCAACGCCCUGGACGCUGCCGUCAUCGCCUACAACAGUUUGGCCUGUCUGAGACAACACAUCAAAUCCACUUCCAGAAUAAACGCGGUGAUCACCCAAGGUGGAAGCGCUCCCAACGUGAUUCCCGACGAAAGCCAAGUCGAGUUCUACGUCAGAGCGGCCAAGUGGAAAGAAUUGGAAGAACUGAGCGUAAAAGUCCGCAAGUGUUUCGAUUCGGCUGCCCAAUGCACGGGAUGUCGCCUGGUUUAUAAAUUGGUAGAAAACCACGGACCCAACAAUCUGAUAUCCAACGGCAAAAUGGCGGAGAUAUACCAGAGACACGCCACGCGAUUCGGCGUGAAAUUCAACGACGGAGAUUCCCGAGUGGUUCCUUUCGUGGCUUCCACCGACUUCGGCAGCGUUUCGCACGUAGUCCCCAGCAUCCACCCCAAUUACUCCAUAGGGACGUCGGCGCCCAAUCACUCCUCGGAGUUUGCGCAAGCGGCGGGAUCGUGGCAGGCCCAAACACCCACUCUGAUCGCCGCCAAGUCCUUAGCCCUGACGGCCGUCCAACUGAUGAAACGAGCCGAAUUGCUGCCCGAAAUUAAAACUCGAUUUAAGAACGAUCUGAAGGAAGACGACAAAUGACGUAAAUAAACAGAAUAUCCCUCUGAGUAGUGUCUUUCUGCUUCGGCUACAGCGCGUUAAUGGUCCGCGAAGAAAAUAAUUUACGUAAUUCUGCGGAGGGGAAGGAAUAUUAAAGGCAAAUUUGGAAAAUCCUUUCAUAAACUACAAAAAAUGGCGCAAUAAACAAUUGAUUGGUCGUUACGUCGCGGAAAUGGAAACUCCAAUCGUAUCCCCACGCAACAGUUGGUCCAUUAAAUGUAAACGAGGAAAAUGGUAAUUUAUAGCACGUGGGUCUGCCAUUGUAUCCGAGUGGAAGGGGUCUUUGCGGGUUAUAGAGCAAUGAAUAACGAUUAUUAACGAUUGUCAUCCGAAUUAGCAUUUAAAUAGAGUCGAGUUAAUCGCUUCGUUUCGUCUAGAAAUUGCAGAAUUGGGCUAAAAGUCCGCAGAAAUCGUAUUUACGCUUGGUGACCACCGUUCCAGUCCCUUAGUCGGGUCCGAAAAGCGCAAAAAGUUGGAAGGUUUAUAAGAGCGCAUUUAUUUCUUUUUAGCCAGAUAAUUGCGUGCAAACGUAUUGGGACGUCAGAUAAUGAGCCAUUGUUAUAGUCUCGUCCCAAUGAAUAUUUAGAUUUCCUUCGUUUAUCGUAACACGAGGAGGGAGAGAAACGGGAAUUCUUUUUAUCGUACGUCAACAUUAAUUUCCGUUACCACCAAAUCGCUUUGUCGUCCGAAGGCGCAUCCGAUAAACAAAUUUCAGUUCUCCACCCCUUUAUUUAUAAGUGUCGCGUAGGAAAAUGGGAAGGAUCUAGCCAGGAAUAAAUUGGUGUAUUUUCCACU